ACCACGCGACCGCCGUCAUGGAUCAAUCCCGCGCCAUCAAUGCGCUCGCACCAUUCGUCGCCCUUGCCAAAUCCGCCAACUCGCCACGAGCCGCCGCCGACCUGAUCACGCAGGCAACAUCAGCUCCAAACACAUAUGUCUUCGCCGAGCUCCUGCAGCAACCCAACAUCCAGUCACUCGCGGGGAACGAGCAGUACGGCGGCUUUCACACCUUGCUGCAGAUCUUCUCCUGGGGCACUUGGACAGACUACAAGACCACACAAAAUCUACCUCCACUCGCAGACAAUCAAGCACUCAAGCUCCGCUUGCUGUCCCUCCUCACGCUCGCCGCACGAAAGUCAGACACGCCGUCAUCAUCUUCUAUUCUCAGCUAUCAAUCUCUCUGCACUCAUCUCGAACUCACAUCACCGGUAGAGCUCGAACAACUGGUGACAACGGCUCUCUACAGCGAUCUCAUCAAAGGCACUCUCAACCCUUCUGAUCAGACCAUCAACAUCAUUUCGGUGGCACCGCUGAGGGACAUCGCUCCUGGUAGUGUGCAGAACAUGGUUGCUGAGCUUGCAGCUUGGAGCGGUCGGUGCGAUUCGGUUCUUGAAUCACUCGAGGCGGAGAUCAAGAAGGUCAAGUCAGAGUCAGAGAAGCGAGCGAAGGCAGAGGCAAAAGCAGAGAAGCAGUACAAGGCUGUUGCGGAUGCGUCGGAGAAGAGCAAUACCGGUUCGGGGUUCGGACGACGAGGGCCUGUGCUCAGGCAUCAUGGCAUGGCAUGA